CAAUUGGAUAUCCAGGAUGUGGUAAAGCAUUUACUGUGGAGAGAACGACCAAUAGAAGAAUUCCAGAAAAUUUCAUGAUGAAAAAUUUAUUCUUUAUAAAUCGUCACUUUCGUAUAACUCUUACAACUUUUCGUACUAUUAUGACUCGAUUAGACAUCAAGCCUUUACCAUAG